UCCUCCUCUUAUUUGUUUCGACCUGUCAAAUCGUUCGCUGCAUUUGAUGACUGAAAACAAAUUCUUAUUCAUGGGAUAUAACAGAAUUAUAAUUUGAAAUUUAGCUUAUGGAGCCGCAAAGUGAAUAUCGUGAGGAACUCGUGGCCCGUGAAAGAAGUGGACACACAACUGUUGUAGAGGGCAAUUUCCUCUACGUUUGGGGGGGAUACGUGUCAAUUGCUGAACAUGAAAUCUUCCUCCCAAACGAUGAGAUCUGGUUAUAUGACUUGGACAGUGGUGUUUGGGAAAUUGCCUCCAUGGCUGGAGAGAUCCCACCAUCCAUGUCAGGCAUGUGUGGAUGCUCACUCAGUGGCGAAAUGUUCAUAUUUGGAGGUUGUGGUGAUCAUGGCCAGACAAAUGAGCUUUACUCUGUAAACCUCUUGGAUAAAAAAUACACAUGGAGGAAGAGGAAACAUGAAACGGGGUCAGUGCCAUCGCCCCGAGAUAAACUGUCCUGUUGGGUUCAUCAAGACAGGACAAUCUACUUUGGUGGUUAUGGUCACAAACUCCUUAGUGAGCUCACCAACUCCAGAAACUUUAUUGUAGAUGAGGCAUCAUGGAUGGAGGAUGUAUUUUGGGGAUGGAAUAAUGAAGUUCAUGUGUUUGAUCCACGAACAAACAGCUGGAGUCAACCACGCACCUUUGGUCAUCUUCCUGCUCCAAGAGCAGCCCAUGCGAGUGCUAUUCUGGGAAACAGGGGAUACAUCUGUGGAGGCAGAGUCAUGGAGACUCGAACAAGUGAUGUCUUCUGCCUAGAUCUGAAAUCCUGGACAUGGUCUGAAAUCACUCCUAUCUCUGCUCUUCCUGUGGGGCGCUCAUGGCAUACCCUCACAGCCAUAUCAGACACAUCACUGUUCCUUUUUGGGGGACUAAGUGAUGACUGCAAACCCAUGAGUGAUGGCUGGGUGUUUGACGUUGAGACGAAAAAAUGGAAGGAACUGGAUCACCCUUACAAGGACAAGCCAAGGCUAUGGCAUACUGCAUGCUUGGGCAGGGACUCUGACGUCGUUGUAUUUGGAGGAAGUCGUGACUACAUCCUUCUUGUUGACACUGGCCAUUGCAAUGAUGCAUUAAUUUUCCAAACCCAGCCCUAUCCCCUUCUAAGGUUAUGUGAAGACUUCAUUGCUGGAAAGUCUACAGUGUUUCAGAAAGAACUUCCCUGUUUGCCAAGAAAACUGAGGGGGGCUGUAGAAAAACGGACUUCUUUUUUUAGACCAGCAAGUAAAUUACCAGAUCAGAUGUGAGCUUUACCUCAGGCACCUCCUUUUCAGCUAAAUGUGUGUACAGACGAGACCAUGUCCGUCACACUAAUCAACUCGGAGACUAGUCUCCUCAAGUACUGCUCUGAAACCUAUAUCCUCAAAAGAUGCACAUAUCAUAUGAGUUGUGUAUGGUUUCAGCAUUUUAAAAUGUUUACUAUUUAUUUUAUACAUUCUACUUUUAGCUGAAUAAGUGAUCAAGGGUAUUUCAUGAAGGACCCUUUAUUUCAUAUCAUGUCCAAAAUGAUUAUACAUUGGAAUAAAUAACUUUUAUUUUUGUGGAA